AUGCACACCUUUCUCGCCCUUCUCUGUGUCUCUCUUGUGGUGGCUCCUGGGUGCUCAAGUCUUCCAACAAAAGGAGACUUCAUCAGAGAUACUAUAAACAGUAUAAUAAACAUUGCUCAGAUAACCCUGUUCCACAUAAGGAAACUAAGGACAAAGUUGCCAGUGACUCCACAGAUAGAAUUCAACACUUCUUCCACUGAGGGGCUAAAUCGUAUCAGCCAUGAGCUCGGACUUUUGGAUAACGAACUGGAGAGCCGCUUCACGGGGCAACUCAGCCAGAUCCAGGCUGAUGUGUCGAGCCUGGAGGGGAGGGUGCGCUCCCUCGCCCUGACAGUGGGGUGUCCCAUCCGAGCCAGACCCACAGGACAGACAAGUGACAAUUCGUUCCCCGACUCUCACCUUUACCUGACUCUGACGAAGGUGCAGCGCUACUUAGACAAGCUCCUUCUCAACAAGGACAAACUCAAGGUCUGCUGAGAAAUCCCCACUUGAAUCACACUUAUGCUGAGUCUUGCCGUAAUGCAAAUAUACAGAGGCUUAUCUGGACAAAUCGCUCAGUGUAGUCAACAGUGUAUUUGCCUUUUGCACACACUAUUGCACGUACCACUUUUUAGAAUAUUUCUGUUACUGGACGUUUGUCAUGUAAUGCAUGCAAAAUAAAAUUUUCAAAUUAAUUUUCAGUACUCAAGCAAUAAUAAUCUUCCUCUGGUUGUUAAAAGUUUUGCAUGUCCUGCAAGUAGCUUUUGAGGUGCAGAUUUCAGCUGUGGGUUGAGAUUAUUAUUUAUAUGAUUUGGACUGAAUUUAAAAAUGUUUUGAUAUUAAAAGAAAAUGAAUAGCUAUAGCAACAGAUGUUUCGUCUAG